AGAACAGCACCGAGGGCAGCAAUAUAACGAAAUUUCUGAACAAAUAUGCCCUGUCGGGCAUCGUUGUUCUGCCUCCUGACGAAUCCAACGGCAGUGAGGAGAACUCGAUGGACGUCAAAGUACAAACUUGGCUGGAAUCUUUGCCAAACGACGAACCGUUGGACGAUCCUAACAAAACCCAACCGAUGCACGACGAAUGCAAUUUCGACGACACCAAAAGCGGCAAUUCCAGAACGAAGAAGGCUGCUAUUAAAAUGCAUCGAACGUAUUCGAAGACGGAGAAUCGAAGAGUACUUCCAGGUACAUCGAGAUCGAACGAUGAUACCAAGGAUCAGGAGAGAACAAUGAACGAAUCAGUGCUGCUUUAUCGAGGGCAGCAUGUCGACAGGACCUCGCCGUGCGACAUGCUGCCCUCGGUGAAGCAGAAUUGGUCCAGCGUCGCGCGAUGCGGUAAAGAAUUACGGAAAAAGAAGCGAGCGAGGAAGCUGAGGUCUUUGAACGUCAGCAUCGAGAACAAGAACAACAGAUAUUCGCGAUCGCUCGACGAAAUUGAAAAGGAAGCCAUCAAAUCGGGACCAAUUAGAGACAAAGAGAGGGACGGGGAAGGUAAUCCUUCUGAAAGCAUGGAGAUGUGUCUGCCAAACGAGCAAACACCCACGAAAGAGAAACACGACAAAUCUAUGCAAGAGACCCAAGCUGAAAGGACGUCGUUCAUUGCACUGAAAGAAGGCGAGCACGUGCACAUAAUGGACUUGAACAAUAGUCAGAUUAAGGACAUAAUCGGAGUCGCUGGUCUCAACGAGGAUCACAGAUACGAAAGCAGAACGAUGCCUCCGAAGAUGUCGAUGGAGAAGGCUUUCGUCCGAUCAAACAACCCCAGUCCAGAUUUGUUGUGCGGGGACAGCUUCUUAGGGACGGAAGUGAUCAAGCAAACGCCCACCUGCAACAGAUUGUCUCUGAAACGACGCAGCACCGACCCUAAAUCGGAAGAGUCUUGGAAAUUGAAAGACGUAGCGCGGCUGGAGACCGUGAAACGCAACUUGUGUCGAGAAAUAGAUGAGGACGAGAGCACCAAGACGAGAUUAACGUCGGAGACGAAGAACAAAUCCGAGGGCAGCAAUAGACCGGAUGCUGGUUACGCGUACUCUACGAGUUCCAAUGAGAAUAGGAGCAAGAAAGAGGACAGAAGACAGAACAAACGUUUCGUUACGUUCAAAAAGUUGGGCAAGGUUUACAAACGCCGUAAGAAAUGCGCUACUUUCUUGCAUUUGGGCUCGAUCCUGCCGAAGUCGAUUCACCAGGAGUAUUCGAAGCUAAGGUUGCAAAAUCCGUGCAUUUCGUCGGCAUUGCAGGACCUGAGUACUCAGAAACUAGUGUCUAAGUGUCGUUUCGGGAAUGAUACGCAAAUCUCGGUGAACGUUACGCCGCAGGAUGAAAUGGAGAGUAUUUCGCCAACAGAGGAAGAAGCUUCUGUGUUCGUUCAACCUGGACCAUCGAAUAUCGUGUCGAAACCGCCAGGUGUAUUGGCUAACCUAGUCGAGAGUCAGUCUCGAGCGUCCAACGAUGUAUUUUUCGCAACCUUGGCCGACAACGAGGAAAAGAAGCUUGAGGUUGUUGAAAAGAUAGCGCCCAAGACCGCCAUCAAGAUGUUAUCGCCGAAGAAGGACUCCCAGCUGAAGUUUCUUUCCUUGGAUUCGCUCGACGAUCCACGAGUAUCCAAGAUGGAUGCUCCCAGCGCGAAGAGAAGCAACUUCUCCGAUAUAAGGGGCGUGCAUCCGAGGGCUCUGAUACUCAAAUCUCAGCAAGUACGCGAAACUUCGCAGCCCGAUUCGUUUUCCGCGUUGGAUAAAAAGCGGAAAAGGGCGGACGGCGGCGAUAAGCUCGAAGGAACAAAGAGGAAAUCGAUGGACGCGGAAAAUCUGCAAGAUGGCGGCUCCUGCCAUUCCGGCGAAAGUUUCUUCCCGAAGGCCACGUACAUGAAACGGCCGGAGAUCAUCGAUACCGGAACCACCACGCCAAAGAACGUUACGGUGGCUAAAGAAUUCCAUUCCAACUCGACCACUUCCAGCACCAAGACUUUGGAAACGGUGUUGCUGAGCUCUGGUACGGACACUGAGAACAGGGAGAGCCAGGAGAAGGACGAGAAGAAGGCGUUCAAGAGGAUUCCGACGUUGCGUGGUUCAGGCAUGGAUUCUCUGGAACUUGUCUGCUUGGGCAACGAAGUAAACAGUGAUCAGGUCGCAGCGCCUCAGAGAACCAAACGGAAACGGCCGUUGUCUUUGGACUCCGACUGCGAUAUGGAGUUGAACGCGAUAGCGAGCAAUUGGUACAAGGACUUGAAUGUAACCGAUAGGCACGCGAAGAAAGGAAAAGUGGAGCAAACUCGUGCUUCCUCGGCUUUUAUGCACGCGUCCAGCGAGGCGAAGAAAGACUCGUUAACGUCCAAGAUACCCAACAGAGACUACACCCCGUUGUACAGACAACCAUCUACGAUCGACGUUGGUUCCAGCUCCGAUGGGAAAAGGCAAGAAACUUCUUCUCAGAACAGAGGAGCGUUCGACUUCGAUUCUCCGGACUUUGGCUCGGUAGUGGGCAGGAUAGGAGACGUACAAAGGCUCGUGACCGAGUCCAACGACGAUAAUAAAGAUUCUGAACAGAGACGAGAGGCUAUGAUGCACGACAACUUCGACGAAAUAAUGGCUAACGUCGACAAGGAAGCACUGAUCAACGAGUAUUCCAAGAGCAAGCCGCGAUCCCUGAACAAGGACGAUCCUGAGCUCCAUAAAUCUUGCAGUUUCGAUAAGGAGAACAAAUACAAGGAAUCGGAGCCAUUGUACGAAAGUUUCAGCGACAAUGAGAAAACCCUGACGCCGGGAUGCGCGAACGUCGUCGAUAAGAAGAGGAACCCGAUGCACGGUGAUGAAUUGCAGGGGAGAAUGAGCAAAGAAUCAAGGAAGAAUACUUGGGAUAAGUCGGCGAGCGAUCCGUUAACCGACAAUGACAAAGCGGCUGAGAACGCAAACAUGGAAGCGACGAGUUACAAGCAUGAUUCUCUUGUGGACGUUACGCAACAUUAUUUGCAAAUUAAGCAAUUCGAGGAGGAUCUGUUUGGCAAAUCGACGAAUCCCAAGCCGCAACUUGAUACGAAGAAAGAGACGAGGGAACAAAGAAGUUCGUCCAAAAAUGCGAUAACUGGACUCUCCGAUACGAAACGAACGGACGCCGAACACUCGGCCGAAGAAGACGACAUUGUCAAGAACACUCCUGACGACAAGACGAAGGCCGUCCAAUCGACCAGCGCGACGACGAAAAGUAGUUCGAGCAUAUCGCCGAUAUCGAGGGUCGGCGUGAAACAGUUUGCGAGGACUCCGUCGACGGUUGUUGGAACGAAUUCGAGGAGAAGCGCACCGCUUUGCAAGAGGAGGAUCCAUCCUCUUUGCGAGAGCACACCGAUAGCGCAGACGAGCAGGAAGAAUAAUUUCGAGGCCGGCACGAAGCACACGGAAGAUAAGGGAUUCAAGCCAGCGGCGUGUACGAACGAUAAACGAACGACGAACGUGUCGGGAAACACCGUACAGAGCUUUGCCAGGCAAAGGUUGCGUUUCGUUUGCAGCGGUCUGGGACAGGCUCAAAUUGAACACGUGAAGAGGCUGGCAAGUAUCGUGAACGCGCGAUACGUGACUCAAUUCGAUCCCGAUGUGACGCACGUUAUCGUGAAAGCUGACAAGGAGAAUAACGGGGCGAGUAAAACACUCAAGUACUUGCAAGGAAUCGCUCACAGGAAAUGGAUCGUCGUGGACCAGUGGGUCACCGAUUGCCUGAAAGAAAAGAAAUUAAUAAACGAGGAACCCUACGAGGCGGUGGACAGAAGGGCUCUCGAGGCUGGUCCUCGAAAGUCGCGGUUAAGGCAAAACAAUAAUUUAUUCGAAGAUUUCGUGUUCCUCUUCAUCGGACCCUACGUGGACGUCUCCGUCGAACAGUACCAGGAGUUGCUACGUGCUAUUGGUGCCACUGUGGUCGAAACCGUGAAAGCCCUAGCCGUUGAAAAGAGGAGGUUGAAAGUCAUCGUGGUCCAAGCCAAUUUUUACAACUACGAAAUCAUUGGCUGGUACAAGAAGGCUCGUGCUGUGCCAGUUGCCCACGAUUGGGUAGUGGAGUGUAUCAGUCAGUACAAACUGAUAUCCUUGUAUCCGUACCUGCAGGAGUUGGAGCGACAGGAAGUUCUAGCUUUAAAUUUUCCAGAAUUCCUCGUCGAAUAAAAAGAUUCUGACGUGGACUCGGACGAUCUCGCGAAUCAAACAAGUUGACCAAAUAUAACUAUAAUGUGAUAUUGCAAACAUGCAGCGGGCCUGUGGAUUAUCGUUGUUCAAGGUUUACCCAAAUUUGAUAACAAAGAGUAUAUUUGUUUCUGCAGAGAAUAUUAUUUCUUUAUACGUUUGAAGUUAUUCAUUUCGAUUAGAUACAUAUACAUAUAUAUGUUCGUUGCUCUAUUUAAUAUUGUUUAUUUUCUUUUUCAACGCUGAUUCUUACAAAGCGAUUCAAGGUUCGAGGCUUGAACGGAAACGAUUAUUUUUAGAUUAGUAAUAUAUAUUAAAAUCAACUAUAUGUUUUCUUCCUCGAUGAAAUGUUGAUCAAUUUUUCUACACGCCCAAAUUUGGAUCGCUCUGUCAGAAUUAUACAUUCCACGAAGGGCGAUUCCUUAGCCAGUAACGCUUCGUCGUAAAAAUGUUCACUUUCGAAAAUAUCGAUAAUAAAUACAAUUUAUACAUUUAUUUCUUUUGUUUACGAGCAUGGAUGGUGUCGUAAAAUACGCGUUUAUAACUUUACUUUUACGUGUUGAAACUUUUCGUAACGUAAGAGCAUAGCGAGCACCGCGAGUGGCGAAGCACGGACUUUUGUCAAUAUGUCCCUUACCUGGAACUUUGGCCAGGUACACGCGUGCGUCGUGCAAACGUUAACAACGCCGUUGCUUAUUAUUUAUCACGUUCAAUUUUCAAUUAGCCCGUGAAUAGGGAAUCCCAGUUUUUGGUUGCGGCCGCAGGUACGGCGCUCUCGAAUUACCGCGCAACGCGAAGCUUACGUGUUUGGGUAUUCUAUUCCAUCUCGUUUCGCGAGUGCAGCCGGAUUACCAUUUGAAUUUUUUAAUUACAAUAAACACGUGGAAUUCAGCGAGGUGUACGGUAUGUAGGACGAGUAAGGUGCUUACACCGUGCAAUAUCAUCAUCAUGGGUGGGAUCAGAGGCUGCGUGUUGCGAGGUACAUCGAGGCCGCUCACGUAUUCACCGAGACACGCCAACUAUAUUGAUUUGCCCGGGACCACCUGUAGCCAACUCUCGUUCCCUCUCUAGCGCCACACCAGCGGUUAUGAAUCUCCACCAAUUGCUAGCAAGUGAGGAGAAAUAAUCACUGUCUAGCCGUCCGCGUAUUCCAAGUGCCUCUAAGUACCUGGCGGGUAACAUUAAGUACACAUUAACCGGCCAUAUUUCACUUGUUAAAAUUGCAUCUUCCGACGACCCGCGUUCGUCUCCUAAUUAUUAAGACUCGUUACACACGGAGGACAUUAGUUUAAUCGAAUAAUCGACCAUUUGUUUUGUAAAUCUCCAGUGUAUAAAUAUUUUUGU